CCACAAUGCCUGAAGACACAUCGAGGCUCAACACCUCCAAGUUGGGUACCAAACAGUAUUGGGAUGACUUCUAUAAACUCGAAAACUCCAACUUCCAGGAGAACCCACAGGACACGGGUGAGGAGUGGUUUGACGAUUCUGAUGCCGCCGAGAAGAUGUGCGAGUUUUUGAUGGACAACUUGUCCGAGGUCCCUUCUUUGAAUCAGGAGUCGUACAUGUGUGACAUGGGUACUGGUAAUGGGCGCUUGUUGUUCCAGUUGAGGGAGGAGGGGUUCCAAGGCAAAAUGGUAGGGGUGGACUACUCCGAGCACUCGGUGAGGUUUGCGCGGGACAUUGCGGAGGAAAACGAGGUAGAGGGAAUUUCCUUCGAACGAGUCGACAUUUUGACCGAUAACGAGUGGCUUUCCGAGGAAAGAAACACCUACGAUGUCGUUUUGGACAAGGGUACCUUGGACGCCAUUGCUCUCAGCGACGACACUUACGGCGAGAGACAGCAGACCGGCCCGCAGGUGUAUCCACAUUCCAUCGGAAAGCUUUUGAAGAAAGGCGGUAUCUUCUUGAUCACCAGCUGCAAUUUCACCGAGGCUGAGUUGGUCAAGAUAAUUGAAUCGUGUGAGGACUUGAAGGUGUGGAAGAAGAUCGAGUAUCCUGUAUUUGAGUUCGGCGGGAUCAAAGGUUCUACCAUCUGUUCCAUUGCCUUUAUUAAGAGCUAGAUAUGUACUAUAGAAUAAUAAUGAAACAUGAACCAGGUUGUGCUGAG